AUGUGGACGCACCCGAAGCUGACGCCCUCCAACAUCCACCUGCAAAAGGUGUCUGGGGCGCUCACCAACGCCGUCUUCUUCGUCACAUUCAACCCCCGCCACGAGCCGACCUCGCCUUCCAUGUCGCCGAUGCUCACCCCGACCAUGCCGGCGCACGACCCUGACCACCCUCCCAUCCUCACCGAGGAGGACUACCCCCAGACCCUGCUUCUGCGCAUCUACGGCCCUUCGUCGGACCAGCUGAUCUCCCGUGACGAGGAGCUGCGGAUCCUUCACACGCUCUCGACGCAAUACGGUCUCGGUCCGAAGAUCUACGGAACCUUCCUGAACGGUCGUGUUGAGCAGUUCUUCCCGUCGCGUGCCCUGCACGCCGAGGAGCUGCGUGUUCCCCGACUCUCGAUGGGCAUCGCUCGCCGUAUGCGCGAGCUGCACUCGGUCGACCCCGUCAAGCUCGGCUUUGACCACGGACGCGAGAAGCAGCCCAUGAUCUGGACCAGCAUCUCGCAGUGGAUGCCGGCAGCCGAGGAGAUGAUCAACUCCCUGACUGCGCUUGGAGGUACCUGGGAGAUGCUCGGCGAGCAGAUCGCCUUCCACCGCUUCCGCGAGGAGCUCGAGGCGUACCGCCGUUGGGUCACCAGCAAGACUAGCAACGACAAGGAGGUUGUUUUCAGCCACAACGACACCCAGUACGGCAACCUGCUGCUCCUCGACGCCGAGCUCCCCAAGGGCGUCCCCGACCACCACCGCCUGAUCGUUGUCGACUUUGAGUACGCCUCGCCCAACUGCCGUGGCUACGACAUUGCCAACCACUUCCACGAGUGGCGUGCCAACUACCACCACCCCACUCUCUCGCACUCGCUCAUGCCCCACGGCAACUACCCUACCCCCGAGGAGCGUGAGCGCUUCUACCGCGCCUACCUGUCCGUGGAGAUGAGCCAGGGAGAGGAGCUCCUGCGGGACCUCGCCGAUGUCGACGCCGCCAAGGUUGCGCAGCUUGAGGAGGAGACGCUCAGAUGGUCGCCCGCCUCGUCUGCCUUCUGGGCCCUUUGGGGUAUCAUCUCGGCUGAGGAGCAGGUCAGCGGCAUCGCCAGCGAACUGCAGACCGGCCAGCCGUACACUCCGGACUGGGACUAUCUCUCCUAUGCCAUCGAGCGCUUCCAGAUGUUCCGCGACGACGCUCGCCGACUGGGAGUGUUCCCUUAG